UAAAGACCUUAUCAAAUGGCAAGAAUUGGUCUUGGCGAACCUGCUCUCUGACAGUCUCCGAUUCUUACUAGAGGACCCGGAUUGAAGUCUUUUCUCUUGUUUUUCGGCACCAUUACAUCUGUCUAAGUAGUAAAAAUUUGUUUUAACAAGAUACGGCUUUGACUGGACUAAUUCAGCCGAUUUCUCAGAGUCGCCGCAAGUUUGGUUUCCGUAAUACUUUGUUAAAAAAUUCUUGUCUACCUUUGUCCAUUCACGAGAAUUCGUUCUUUUCAAUCGUUUCUAAAAAAAAUUCUCUGUUUGUGUCACGGCUAUCGUUAUUUUCCUUUGGUUUCUCUCAAGUUUUUUUAUAAAUUUUGAAAAAACGAAUCUGGUUACUUAAGUCAUCGAAAGUUCUUAAUUACUCUUUUUGCUUCAGUACAGACUUUAAAAAAUGUUUUCUUCGCGAACAACAUUAAAGGAGCGUUCUCACCAACUGAUUGCUCGAUUGUUGGGUGCUACAAGUGAGCCUAUCACUCCCGUUAGUAGCUCCUCUCAACUUUCUAUAAAUGAACGUGAGCUCUUGCUGAAUAGGGAUAAUCUGUAUAACGAGAACGAGUAUGUUGAACCCGAAAUUCCCGCAAUUUAUGGGUCAAUGGCUCCCAUUCCCGAUCAAAUACCCCAAAACCCGUUCAAAGGAGACGAUCGUCACACGACUGAGGUUGUUCAAAUUGCAAAGAAUGAAGCAUAUGAGCUUUUUCGCCUGGGUGUACCUACUGUAUUUGCUUAUGUAUUUCAGUCGUCAGAGCAGUUUUCAACUGUAUUCAGUUUAGGACAUUUAGGGAAAGAGGAGCUUGCUGCUUCCUCCUUGGCAACAAUGACUGCGGCUAUUUCCGCGUUUUCUAUCUUUAUGGGUGUUAUUUCUUCGUUAGAUACUUUGGCCACACAAGCAUUCGGUGCGGGAAGACCUCAGAAUCUUGUCAUUUAUCUUCAACGAUGCCUUUUUAUCCUUGCUCUUUUGCAUAUUCCCAUCGCAUUUGUAUGGCUGAAUCUUGAAAAGCUCCUGCUUUUGAUUCACCAAGAUCCUCAGGUUGCAACUCUGUGUGGUCGCUACAUGAAGGUUUUUAUUUUCGGAUCUCCUGGAUAUGCCAUUUUUGAAGCUCUCAAGCGUUAUCUUCAGGCUCAGGGUAUCUUUGCACCCAUUACCGUUACCCUUGCGUUUGCCGCACCUUUAAACUUGAUUCUCAACUAUUUGCUUGUAUGGAGUCCUGUUGUGGGUUUUGGUUUCCUUGGCGCUCCUACUGCUGUCGUCAUUACGUACUGGUUCCAAGCUACUGCCUUAGUUUUAUAUGUUCGUUUCUCUUCUCGCCCUGUCAAAUGGACCGGUUUUACUAAGCGUGCCCUCUGUAAUCUUUACCCCAUGAUGAAGCUUGCCUUUUACGGUGUCCUGAUGAUCGCUACCGAGUGGGCAGCUUACGAACUUACCAGUCUUGGUGCCAGUUUCUUGGGAACUGUCAGUUUGGCUGCUCAAUCUAUUAUGCUCACAACUACAUCAUUGGCUUAUCAAAUACCUUUUGCUUUCUCAGUCGCAUCGUCAGCCAGAGUGGGUAAUUUGGUUGGUUCCGGACAUGCUAACGCAGCACGUAUUUGUACUCGUGUAGCUACCAUGAUUGCCUUGACUCUUGCUACCAUUAACUCUUUGUUUUUCUAUACGUGCAGAUACCACUGGGGAAGUUUGUUUUCUUCUGACCCGGAUGUUCUUGCCGCCGUAACAUAUGCUUUCCCCGUGUUAUGCUGUUUCGUUAUCUUCGAUGCCAUGAGUGCUAUUGGUGGAGGUAUUUUGCGUGGAAUGGGCAAGCAGAACAUCGGCGGUCCAGUAAGUAUUAUUUCAAAUUACUGUAUCGCCAUUCCACUUGCUUGUGUCUUUGUUAUUGUCUUCCAUCUGGGACUCCGUGGUAUCUGGUAUGGUAUGAUUAUUGGCAUUGGUAUGAUUGUGCUGUGUGAGUAUAUAGUUAUAGCUCGUGCAAAUUGGAAACGCAUCAUCCUGGCAGCCGACAAGCGCCUCUCAACCGCUUAAUUGUGUUUACAAUUUGUUUUACUGGAAAUGGGCUAGUUUUUAUACUUUCUUUUAUUUGUGGUUCUGUUCUUUCCUUCUUUUUUUUGUAACCAUAUUCUGUUUCUUCUUCCGCUAAUAGUUCGACCUUCCCUUUAGUUAUCUUCGCUUGGUUCAUCUGCAGGGCUCUGAUAAUGAAGCACUAGAUGAUGCCAUGCAAGUGAGUAUCGGUAUGAAAGAGUUCAGUUCUAAGGAUUCAGGUUAAUUUUAAUAUAAUGUUUGUGUAAUAAAAUAGCGUAGUACUCAUUCACUCUC